AUACUUGCUUAGGUUAAACGCAUGGUGUAGCCGUAAAGUUGUGACCAGUCAACAAAAACCAAGUCCCGGGGUGCUUGCACCUUGUCCACCCAUGCAACAGAUCCGUUGUCAAACUUCCCACAACUGUCCGUCCCGCUCCUGGGACCUUGACCUUGACCCUGGGCGUAGCGUAGCUCACGGUCCCUCUCCGCUCACAUGGACUGCCUCAUACCAUUGAUGCGGUGACAAUCAGGAUGGAUAAGUAUAAGUAUCGCCCAUGACCUCCUCCACCGAGUUAAGCAUCGCCUCUCACAACCGAAACCCACAUCGCCAGUUCGUUCGCAACAUAAUACACCAACAACCGACAGCCCUACUCUGUCAUAUCGGGUCACCCACCUGGUCACUUCCCGCCCGCCCUUCUCUUGUCGGCCUAUCUUCGCCAACGCACAAAUCAGACGAGGUACCACCGGUAGUAUUUAUUUACCGACACGAAAACUACUUCGACAUGGCUUGCCCCAAUUCUCCACAGUAUUAUGACUUGAGGAGGGAAGAAGUCUCCAGGAACUAUCAGACAAAUACUUCUACCAUCACACCACAACUACUACCUGGUAUUAAGUGUCCAACCUGCAAACAAUCAGGGAAGGAGGUUUGGGUGCUCCCUGGCAAGGAAUGCGGCUACUGCGGCACCCCUUGCGGCUAGACAGAGAAACCAGUCGUCAACGUCAUUUCACAAUUCCGCCCCGAAUAAUCCGAGGAAACGAUAUAUGCUUUUCUCUCACGAGAAA